CACCUUUCAGAGGGCGAGGUGAAGAUUGAUCAAUAUUCUCAGAAUUCCAUAAGUAGAUAGGAUGUAGGGUUUAGGGGUCGAUUUGGGAUUGGACCAACAUCCUUAUUUACCCUCCAUCUUUGACCAAUCUACCAAUGUAUACGUCAUUUAUGUGCGACGGUGAAACGCCCCUAUCUAGAAGAUGGACGUCGAACGGUGGUAGGCAUUGUGACCAGCAUAGAUAGCUAUCGUUUAUAUUAAAGCGAACGUUUACUCCAGUCAAGCGAUUAAUAUAACAUCUUAGCAAUAACAAACUUUUAUUGCUGAAUUUAGCAGAAAUGUUCAUUCACAACCGGUCAAAACCGUCAGCGUCAGUAUAUUUUGUUUUUCUAGCAGCACGCAGAGUGAACCAACGUUAGCUUGCUAGUUAGCAAGCUAGUUUAUCUUUUUGGGCUUAGUUAACGUCUAUGAGCCAGUUAACUUGUCAAUAACUAAGUUGACUUAUAGGCAUAGUUCUGUGUAGUUAGCAAGUUUGGCUUGCUUACGUCAAAUUAUCUGUUUUAUACGUCAGACUAACUAGCUAGCUAAUAGUAAAACAUUGCUGUUACAGUGAAGUUGCGUCCUUCUCAGUCGGCUAACUGGCCACCGCACAUUAGCUAGCUAAGUAGCUAUGGCUAAUAGGCGAGGAAAUUGUAAUACCGGCAUGGAUUCAACUUUGAGUAGCAAUAAUCCAGGCAGUGGUGGUGGUAAUCGUAAACAAAGUAUAAUCAACGCCCCAAACCGAUCUGGAACUGAGUCUUGUUAUGAACGUAAAGUAGGGAAGGCUGAGUAUGGUCAGCAAGCAUGCCAGGGCAACAUGACUGUAUCUUCACUGAAGACACGUCUUGCCCCGACGAUUCAAACUACGUUAUCCGCUGCUGUGGAUACCCUCCUGGGCGAGGUUGUACUUGUUCUCAACGAAACCCAACAAGAGCUGGUGAACAAGGAGCAGGAAAACGAAAGACUAAAAGUGGAAUUGAGGACGUUACAGGAAUGCCUCAGCAGCGCCCAAAAGUUAAUUGACCAGUUACAAAUUCCAUUCCCUGGUUCACAGACAAUGGGGCAGUCGGUUUUUGCACCCCCUCUUACCUCUAUUGGCUCUAUGAACACGAAUAUGGACAGGGACCGCCAGAGCCACCGCGAUGUGAAUGGCGCGGACGGUCGGUGUGUUUCCGGGGUCAACCUAGAGAUGGGUGGCUCCCUUAGUGAUUCUCUGCAUGGGUACAACUCCAGGGAUGACUAUAAAAUGUGUCAGCUCUCCAUUCAACCAGACGGCUCUGUGACCAACCAUUCUAUGGAGGCCUAUGCUGCCAACACACCUAACAUCUGCUCCGACCCAAGCCGUUCAGAUGAGAGGAGGCAUCAGCAGCAGGGCACCCAACCAGGAGGACCAAGGUUUGAGAUCAAGGAGGAGCAGGGGCCCGGUACCAGUUCCAGCCCGGGACAGGUCUGCAGGAGAGGGCCGGGACCGAGGGGCGCCGGCGGUGCCGGUGACGUGGAGCAGACGGCCCAGAAUGUGGGCGACCUGGGAUACAUCCACGUGGUCGAGCAGGAGGGGUCGUCGCGCUCCGGCAACUACUCGCUUCGCCACCCGAAACCUGUUCGACCGCGGACCACCACCGGCGUUCCGACACCGGGCGGACUGGCAGGACAGAAGGUUGCGUCGAGGUCUCCCGGAGCAGUGGGAAGCGACAGCACGUCCCCGGGGAGGGCUGGAGAGAUGGCCGGACCAUCCACCUCCCCGGCGGAUCCGGAUAACGAUCGCCCCCACCACUGCCUGGAGUGCGGGAAGACCUUCCGCCUCAUCUCCAGCCUGAAGAAACACAUUCGCAUCCACACGGGAGAGAAGCCCUAUCCCUGUGGCGUGUGCGGCCGUCGCUUCCGGGAGUCCGGGGCCCUGAAAACCCACCUGCGCAUUCACACCGGCGAGAAGCCCUACUCCUGCCCCGAGUGCCCGAAAAGCUUCCGCCACCUGGACGGCCUGCGCAAACACCAGCGCACCCACAGCGGCGACAAGCCCUACGUGUGUGCCAUAUGCGGCAAGCGCCUGAGCCGGCUGCAGCACCUGAAGCACCACCAGCGCAUCCACACAGGCGAGAAGCCCUGCAGCUGCCCGUUCUGCAACCGCACCUUCAAGGAGCCCGCAGCGUUGCGCAAGCACGUCCGCACCCACCGCGACGAGUCCGGCCACAUGGAGGCGAGCCUGGGGGAGGACGCGGACCCGGAGGCCCUGGACAACAUCAACAGCCUCCACCCCGCGGCGCCGUCCCCUCAGAUGAGGUUCGACGAGUGGGGGGCCGAGGGAGACGACGUAGACUGUGUGUAGGUUGGGUUCCCCCGUCUGUCGACGGCCCGGGAGCAUUAGAAACGUGACGCUAAAGAGUCUUCCUGUUCCAUUACUGUUCUGUCUGAGGAAGUCUCCAUUCCAUCCCUCUGAGUUGAGAAACGGGCUGUCUAUAUCUACAGCCUCGGUGUUGUCCAGUGACCAGGGUAGCCUGUUUAUUUCAGAGACACUUCAUGUGCCUGUCUGAACCCCACCCGUGCCCCCACCAGAUCCUUUAGUGCUUUAUAAUCUUAUAAAUGUGACCGUAGUUUAUAGAAUGAAAUGCACCCCUGUUUUUAUCAUGUCCCCUUUCUCUCAUUGCAUAUGACCUUCCUAUACAACUCCAACCACCUACCUAGUGUGUACAUCAGCCGGGUGUCUGCCGGAAAUACUCCUCCUUUAAGGUGCUUAUCAUAUGUAUUUUAACAUGGAAUGGAGUUAUAUGCAACCAUGUCCAAAGACCAUUUUUUGACAAUGUAACUACAGUUAAUUUGCUACUAUUAAUGCCUCCGCCAUGGUGACAUUAACGGAAGACUCGGCGAUGUGACGUUACCCGACUCGGAGGUGUUACCUCAGAGAGCGUGAAGGGCCUUGUUAGCAGCCACCCAUGCAGAUGCUGUCAAACAGCUGCAUAUGAGUACCAGCCGGGAGCCCCCCCCCCUCAUGCAGCGUGAUAGCUGUGUGGUAACGAUGCCCAGAAUACUCUUACUACUUUGUUUAUGUCACAAGUCAGUACUAAUAGUCACGUCAUAUUGCUGAAUGUACCUUCUACUAUUAAUGCCACCAUGUAAUGUAAAUAUGUAACCACUUGCAAUUGUUCGAAAGUUUACUGGUAUUGAUUGGCCCAGAAAAGGAAAAGCGCCUAGAUCCGAGUGUCCGUCUGAUCAGAGCACACGUUCAGCCUUUUAGCUGCCAGCCUCUUUCCCAGUGUUUGGCCCGUCUGCAGUUAUGUGAAAUGUACAUGACCAACUCCUUCCCCUGUUAACGGGUUGACAAUACUGAAGAUCUACUUCUGAUCCGCCGCUGAUGUUAAAUGGAGGGUGCAUUGUGGGUUCAAUGGCGCCAGGGUAACAGGGUCAUGUGCCGCGUUCAGUGGUUAUUUUUGCACGUCAGUUUUGAACGAAAUGUCAAAUAUUUUUCUUCCUGCUAUGAAUUUGGUAUGAAAUGUUAAAGAACAGGACUUUGUUGUGACCUUGUCCUCCUGUGUUUAAAAAUGUAUUUUGGACCCAUCUAUUGCAUCCAGUUGCUUUUGUCUUAAUGUUAUACUAUACAUAUUAAAGGGCCUUUGUUGA